AGUAUUUCCUUUCACUUCCUGAUACAGAACGAUAACAAACAUGUGAGAGAGCGGGCGGAUCGAUAAAUCUGUAGAUCCAUGAAAUCAGACUGAAAGUCAGACUUUAACAUUAAUUAGCUCUUUACUCCUCAACACAGGAUAACUUUACUUUGAUGUCGGCUUUUCGUUUACACCGGAAGUAAAGAUUUAAUGUUACAGCAAAAACAACAGGUAAGACCGGAAACACAACAACCUUUACUUUAGUCUUUAGAGGAAACAAAAUCUCCAUAUUUUAUAUUUUAUAGUAUUUUUGCUCCAUUUUCUGAACAAUGCUGGAGACUUUUAACGAUAAAACAUGACUUUGUUAAUGUAAACCCACAAAUAAAAAAAGGAAACUACAGGAAAAAAAAUAACUUAGACGACAGUUUGACUCUAAACUCGUCCUGAGAUUCUGCUGUAACAGGAGUUUACCUACAGAUAAUGACUAAAACAGGAUAAAACUGUGGUUUCAGAUUAUUUCUAUUAGUCCACAGUGAUUAUAAUCCAGCAAGAAGCAGAGCUGAGACAGUUAGUGAUGAAGAUCAGUGAUCUGAUAUUUUAUUUUAUCAUCAAAUAAUUAUUCUGUUGGAGAAAAACUCCGAACCAUGUGUAUCUCAUUCUUCCAGGUCAGGGUCAAGUCAAAGUUAAUUUAUAAAGCACCUUUAAAAGACAGCAGUCAAACAAAGUGCUGUACAUGGGAUAAAUAAAAGAAGUAAAUAAAUAGAAAGAUAACAACUAAACAUUAAAAUCAAAAACAGUAGAGUAAAAUACAGACAGUAAAAGAAGAAAAGCUUCCCACUGAGCAACAGACGCUAUCAGGCAUCUAGUUUAUUUUUUUUUUAGACCUAAUUUCAACCGUCUACAUUCUGUAUAUAUGUAGACGUUGCACUUUAACCCAUUAUUCAAUAACUAUUUAUUUCAAAAAGCAACUGUGAGUUUCAUGACUGAUCUCCAAGUACUAAACAUAAAUAAUAAUGAUAGUCGUUGAGCAAAAUACAGUGUAGUGUAGAUAUAGCCCAGAUUUAGACUUGGUCUAAACUUAGAUGUCUAAAAAUACUUUCAUUUUUAGACCUGUGGUAGCCUGAUUGUAGACCAGUCAUCUAGGCUACAUUUAGACGUCUAUUAGACCAAAAAAUGCUCAGAGGGAACAGUGCCUCUGAUUCCUGUGUGCUCAUUUAUUAAAUCCAAGGGAGAAAAGGCGAGUUUUUAAAGAUGAUUUCAAAGACUCUAAGGUCAGAGAGGCUCUAAUAUGGUGAACUGUUCCAACGCUGAAAAAGCCCAUCACCUCUACACUUGAGUCUGGUUUUGGGGACGCUCAACAGUAACUGGUCAGAGGACCUUAACGCUCUGGCUGAGGGGCGGUGAUACAGGAGCUCUGACAAGUAAGGAGGGGCGAGACCAUCAAGGGUUUUAAAAACGAUUAAAAGAAUUUAAAAAUCAAUACGAAAGCGGACUGGGAGCCAGUGAAGGGUCACUAAAAUCAGAGUCAUGUGGUCGCGCCUUUUCUCACCAGAGAGGAGUCGAGCAGCAGCGUUUUGGAUGAGCUGAAGGCGGUCGAUGGAUGACUUGUCCAAUCCUGCGUAUGAGGAGUUACAGUGAUCUAUUUGUGAUGUUAUAAAGGCGUGACGUUUUCUCAAGAUCAGCCUUUAAAAAAUCAUUACUGUUCUGUUGUUCCUCCCUGCAGAUGAAAAUCAUACCCUGAGCAUCAACACCAGUGAAGUAAAGCAGCUUUGUUUCCCGAAUCCUGACAAUGGAUGAAUCGGAAGAAGAGGUCGGACCCCUCGAAGACCCAACUGACGGAGAUGACUGCUCAGAAAACGGCUCCACAAGAAGCAGGAGGGAACGAAAGCCCCCUGUAGCUGAGCCUGUGUGUGAAGGUGAGUUUAACUCCUGCAAAGAAACACAUCUGCUGCUUUUUUACUGUGUUAUAUUCAGAUAUAUUUAUUCUUGUGAUCAUAACUGUUGACUUUUUACCUAAAGAGACACAGUUUGAGACCGGAUAUCAUCGGAGCACCAGGAUGUGUCUGAAGCGGAUCAGAGACGCAGUUCUGCAUCAUCGUUGGCAGGAGGCUGCAGAAUAUAUGGCGUGUUUCUCACAGAUGUUCGAGGAUCCGACUCACAACUCAGCUCAGGAGAAUAAAGAGGCAGGUUUGGUCUGUCUUAGUGGGCACUCCUCUCAGGAAGAAACGGGUUUCACAUCACCAAAGGAUAUUUUUAUUCUGUAGAACAGCAAAGUUCAACACGACUACACUAAAGAGUUUCCAGCUGUCAGACAGUUCAUACAUCCUAAAUAUUAACCUCUUUGUUCAUAUUUUCCACCUCAGAUCAUUUGGAGACUCGGCACAGAGAUCCUUCAUCAUCUCCCAAACUCAAAGAAGGCGGACUACAACAACAUCUAUGAGCUGAUAAAGCACACCAGUGUUCGACAUUAUCUGAUGGUACGGUUCAGAGACUUGGACUUGGCUCGGAGUUUUCAAAUGUUUCACUUUUUCAUUGAAAUUAUGGGGAAAAUGAACUUUUUAGGGCUGUUUGAGCUGCACCUGUACACGGAUGUCGUUCUGAUUUUACUGUAAUGAACUUGUAAAACAGGUCGUUUUCCUCCUCUAGGUCAGUCUGGAACAUUCCUUCCAUCUUCUUCUGAAGGGUGAGUUUAACGAUGCGAAGCAUCAGAUGACUGUCGCUGAAAGUUGGAGACAUGGAAGAGAGUCGGCGACUCAGAGUAAGAAGAUCAAACUGAUCCAAGCCUACAGGAGCUUACUGGACCAUCUGAUCUGGUGUGACAGAAAGUUUGAACAGUCCAACACAGGUAAGGUGACACACAGCUUCACACCUGAGGCAUCUAUUAUUUACUCUGUUAGUUACACAGACACACGGCAAGCUGGUGUGCAGUGUCGCACUGCCACCUACAGGUCAGAGCAGCUAACAUACAGGAGCUCAAACACUAAAUGCUGUUGUGGUUGAUGGUUUGAAUUUCUGAACACUUGGUCAAUUAUGAUCUUUUUGUUUCCGAUUAUUCAGACCGGAGUGACGACACAGAAAUGCACAGCAACUUCAGACAGGCCUCAGUGAGUCUGAGGGAGAUUUUGAGAAAUCCAGGAGUCUGGGACCCCUUCAUACUGAGCUACGUGGAGGUCUGAAGAACUCUUUUCCAACGGCCUGAAAUCACGAGAUGAAAGACUAGACUUAACGAGAAACAUGUUAAAAGUCAGCUGUGGAUUUCUUCCUUUAUUAGGGCGCCAAAGUUUUAUGGAGUUACAGACAUAAUUUAGACUUUCUUUCCUUUUAGAAGAGGAGGUUAUAUAUGAGGUUAAAUAUCACUGUGUUAUUUUUUCAGAUGUUGGACAUCUACGAGGAUCACACAGAAGCUUUAAACGUGUUGGAGAAGUACGCUAAUGACUCCUCUUUUCCACCCAAUCCUAACGCACACGUGUAUCUGUACCAGUUCUUAAAACGACACGAUUUUCCAGUCAAGGAAAAGCGGAAAGUUUUAAAGGUAGAGCUGCUGCACCGAAAAAGCUUUAUGAAUAAAAUACAACUGUGAAUGUCUGAUGUGCUUUGACUUAGAAAAGCUGAUUUAAGAUUCAGACUUUGUUGUGCUGCAGGUGCUGCAGGUUCUGGUCCCCAGCCAUGAGCUGAUGUUGGAGUACAGCGCCAUCCUGCUUCACUCCGGUAAGAGCGACAUUAAAUUUACUCCACUUUUUGUCAAAUAUUUUAGGAAAAGUGGAAUUUUCACUCUUUCCUCAAAGUGAUAUCUUAAAUAAUUCCUCUGCUCAGAGAAAACUAAAGACACUCAGAAAGCUUUGGAAGUCGUUCUGGGAAUGUUGGACUUUUCCUGCUGGAGAAACAGUCUGGAUGUUUGGGAGCGUCUGAAGGACAGUAUCCAGAAGUUACAGUCAAAGUAUGUUAAACGUUUUUCCUUAGAAGCCACUAAAUGUCAAAGUAACGGCUGUUUUUGUUAAUAUUCGGAUUAUAUUAUGAAUGUGUGUCAAACAGAAAGGACUGGGAGAAGGUGGUCGCGGAAAAAAUGGCUCCAAGAAAAGACUGGUGGCCUGCGCUGCACUUCACAAGUUUCCACGCCGGCGUGGACUCUGUGGAGAACCCAGAGCUGAUGACAGUGAAGGCGUCGCUGACAAAGAUCCUCUGUCCCGGUGAGUAGAUCCACAUUCAGGUGGACAGAAGCUGUGAGCUGUCACUACUGAUAACGUUGGAUCAUGGAGAGUAAUCUCAGAGGCCCUACAGACCCUCACUGUUAUCUAACAAACCUUCAUGAAUAAAUUAAGAUGUAAUACAACCUCGAACUGAAGAAAAUUCAGAGGAAGUUUCACUGUCCUCUUAAAGGGAUAGUUAGGUGCUGUUCUGAGCAUUAUUUGUGGCUAUAGAGUGGCGUUUUGUUUGGGGGCGUGGCUCUCUGUAUUUCUAUCCUGCGGUCGUUACUAAAGUUGGUAUAACUAGAGAAGCAAGCGGUCGACAACAUUCAUCUCUGGAGGGGGGGUCUAACUCGGUGUUACGGUGGGUUUGACCCUAAAUUAAUUUUACCCCGGAAUAUCCCUUUAAAUUAUGAUUUUAGGAGCAGUAAAAUUUGUGCUUGAAUAUCUUCUAAACUGUGACAAUGACAGAAAAUUCCCCUUUUUUCUUUUAUUUAUUUUCUUACAGACCUGAACCUGAAGUACUCAGCAGAGACCAGAGGAACUCAGACUGAAUCACGGCCGUUUAAAAGAGUCAGGAGGACGUGUCCUGAUGAAGCUCCAUGAUGUUUUUUGACUCAGACACGACCCUGAGUAAAAACAGAACUCUAAUUCUUCUUGUUGAAAAUAUCCAAAGCAUGAGCGAGUUUGUCCACCGUGUGGCGCUCUUGUUCUGUGUGUGGUCAUGCGGCGAGGCGCUGCAGGUUAUGGCUGACACGUUCUGACAGCGUUGCUUUAAAUGUCCACCUUCGUGUUGGUUUUAUGAGUUCUGUAAACGCUUUAAUGGGGUCAGAGUCUCAGUCUGUCCUCCGCUGAACUUUGACCCUGUAUGAAGGUUUUUUAGGGUCCCUCAGAUGAGAACACGGCCUCACGGACUCAUCAGGAUCAGAUCUGAGGGUCAGACCGCAGACAGGUGGUCAGUGCUGAUGUGUUCAAACAUCUGUUUAUUGUCAUUAUCAUUAAAUAUAAGGUUGUUUUUUUAGAGAAGUGUGUUUCCUGUCCGCCUUUAUCAAACAGCAUCAUUAAUGACGCUCUGAUAUUCUGAUUCAUCUGUUCUCGGUUUUCUUAUUUGAUUUGAAUUCUGUGUUUUUCUCAUGUUCGUGUCCUUAAAUGUCUCCGAUGGUUAUUAAAGGGUUUCGGCCUCCACCACACGCUCCUCUCUGGACUGAACCAUGAAACACGCUCUCUGAGCAGCAGCAGCAGCAGCAGCACGCCAGUUUAAUAAGUCAAAGUGUUUGUAAUAAUUCGGUUUCGGCUCGCCACAUUGUUGGCCGUGCAGCAGCUCAGUCAGCCGUACGGUGAGCGUGUGCAUGUGUGUGCGUGCAUGUGUGUGUGUGUGUGCGUGUUGCUGUGCAGUCGUUACAUAAACCAAAGCCUAAAGCGCUCGCCUGACCAGAGCAGCAGCUGCAGAGGAGAUCUGGGAAUGCAAACACAUGUCAUCUGAAAACUCAGAAUUUGGGGCGCAGUGAGGAGGAUGGAGCGAGGAGCUGCUGGUCUGGACGUGUCCCGGAUCUGACCUGAUUGGUCUAAUCCUGACAUAGAUGUCCAGUCCUUACAUUGUUCCCUCUGUCAUCAGGGCGCCCUGACACGACAGUUUGAAGACGAUGUUUUCAGAGGAUACAGAGUCGAGACCCUCUUCACUUCAUGGUCGCUCCACAAAAGAGCCUCUUGGGUAACCGUUGUCUACUGCGUCUCUCACCAGAGGAGUCCACGAGAACCUGCUUUGUUUGGGUCUUAAUUUCCCUCUGGUGUGGUUGUAACACAAACUCGGGGAGCAGUUCGACCUGAGAAGUAGGUGUGACAACCAAUCAGGGACUAUCAGAAAGUGUCCGUACUGUGACCGUGGCAGGGCGCCCUCGCUGUUAACGAGACCGGCGCUCCAAAUGUGCAGCUUCAGUCUGAGCAGCUUCACUUCUGAGUCCAGAGGGAAGAGAAAGAGUCAAUAAAGUAAAAGACGCUGGAUUUCAUGUCUUUAUUUAAAGCCUAAGUUUGACUGAAAACAGUGAAACAGCUCCUGUUAUUGUCCUGUCACAGGAUUUCGGAUUUAUUUGAUUUAAAACAGGAUAAUACAUAUUAUUGAACAUAAACAUGUAAAUACGCAAGAUUAUAGCCAAAGACUGAUUUCCAUCUUUAGUCCCUUUGGCAGGUAGAUGUCAUCAACAGAGAUAAGAAUAUCAAUAAAACAACAAAGAGUCGUCAGAGAGGAGAGAAACAUGUCUGUGAACGCAGAAGUCGGACAGAAAAUAAGAAAAGAAUGAGAAGUAUCGUGGACCAUGAAACAGUGUUAACUGCUAAAAUUAGUUGUUAAAGGGCUGAUAAAGAGUUCAGUCAUGGUUAUUGUAACAGUGUUGUUGUUCCAAUAGACAAACUUUCAGAUGUUCGGUGAAAGAGGUCAGAGUCGAAGUGAAAGAGGAACUACACACUCACCUCGAGAACCAGCUCUUGUUGAUCUUCUUGGGUUUUUUUUUUCACAAAUUCCUGGAAUGAGAUUUUUUGUGAAUCAAGAUGGUGUCGGUGAAUUUAACAUGAUUUUUUGACAGGAAUGAUUCUGUUCUCAUGUUUGUCUGAUGAAUAUGAAUCUGCUGGUUAUUAAUUCAGUAAAACAGAAAGAAGUGGACAACAACAGGCCUCCUCUGAGCUCCUCUUUAAGGGUUUUUGUGCUUUAAUACAGCCCAAAGGAAACAGCUGUUUAUAUGAAAUAUGUUCACCUGGGAAAGCUCUGAAGGUCGCUGCGACACUCUUCUGUAAAAUCUAUCAGGUUUUUAAAAAAAUCAGAUCUGAAGACUCUAACAGGCUCCUCAGACCUCCUCCAGCUCAGGGAGAACCUUCUGAGGUCUUCAGACUCACCCUGCCGUGAACGGACGAAUGAUCAUCAGGAGAGAUUCAGCAUCGACUCAAUCUGGAAACAAAGAUGUCGGAUGUUUUUCGCCUGGUUUAUAAAGAUGCAGAAUGCUCUUUAGUUUUACCCUCUCUCUACAGUCACACACACACUCUCUCUCUCUCUCUCUCUCUCACACACAGACACAGAGAGAGAGAGAGUGACUCAGGGUCUCGCUCGGUUGCUCUGCAGGGCUCUGAGGAUUUGUAACCUAAAAUCCAGACUCGCACAGUGACAGCAGAACAUCUCAGUAACUCUGCACAACAUUUGAAGUCUGCUGCGGUUUAGUGGGAGAAAGUGUGAGAAUUCAGCCGUGCAGUUUUGGACUGAACACACUGAUGUCUCGGCCGAGCGCCGCAUACUAACAGCAGGGACGAGAUAAAGACGGGAACAUAAGCUGGAGACUGAGUCAUCUUCAAAACGUGAUUCAAGAUCAAACUGGAGGAACGAGAGGGAAAAAAAACGAUGUUCAUGAAUGAGAGACGCCCCUCCAGCACAAUCAUGGAGUACUCCAAACCCACCACAGAUAACAAAAAGCUCUCCACACACACACACACACACAUGAUUCUGACAGAACCUGCUUUAGGCGAGUUCUGGAGAACUUCAGCUCGAGCAGGAAAGAGUAAAGAGAAGAUUCCUAAAAUAUCCUCCCCGCUCCGUCUGUGAAGUUAAAAGUGACAACCGCACUACCUUUGUUCUUGGAGUGCAGCUGCAAAAAUAGUUUUCAAUAAUGUAUUAGACGGAGGAAUAAAGGCUGUGAGAUGAUUUCAGACAAACAGAUUCCCUCGACUCGGAACGAUUGCUCCACUUAUCCAGCCUGGAAGAAAAACCCACGGCCUUCAGAGUCAACAGCUAAUCCCCCUACAGAUCUGAACAUCUGGGGACUGAAAAAACGCUGAAACAUGAUCGUCACUCGAGAGUCCUCUCUGAAAUGUUGCUCAUGCACACAGCAGCAGAGCAGAAGAGAGCGGGGUAAUGACUCUGACCGGCGGAGCAAUCAGCAGAGGCCGCCGAGGUCUCAUUUCUUGCAUGCCUGAGUGUGAUAAGAGGAAAUCCAAAUAUUGUGACUUUACUGUGAGCUCUGUGGAAACGAACCGACCGACCAACUGGGAGAGGAAGAAAACCCUUAAAAGACCUGCAAAUCAGAGGAGAGAGAGAGAGAGAAAGAGAGAGAGAGAGAGAGAGAGAGAGAGAGCACAAGAGAAAUCCAGGCAUCAAUUAUUAAGACACAGAAGAAGACAGUAGGACACGAUCUACAGACGAGGAGGAGGCCUUUAAAGGC